UAGGUAUUACUCUACUCCGUAUUCUUCUAGUUAACUUGUUCGAUCGUCUCGUCCGCUGCAGCCGCUCGCUAGCUAGUAGCUAUAGCUAGCCCUCAAUGGUGGAGGAAAUUGAAUGGUAAGAAAUAGAGUUUAGACGAUGAUCGACGGAGCUCAUUUCCCGGGCGCGUGGGGUGAGAAAUAAAGAUGCAUGCGUGGAUGGGAGUAAGCGAUGGAUAUGAUCGAUCGGAGUUCCGAUGUCCUUGCAGAUUAAUAAUAGCAGAUAGCCGGCCAAAUUAAGGUUGCAGGCUGGGUAGACAAGCUAGAAGAUCGAUGAUGAAUGGAAUGCAUAAUCUGUGCAUACUAGCUAGCUAGCUAAUAACACAUAAUAUUCCUAGCUAGCUAAUUGGUUGCUGCUGAUUGCAUAUAUAUAUGUGUAUGUAAUUAGGAAGCUGAGCUGAGGAGAGGAGAGGAGAGGAGAGUACAUACAUGAUGGCCGCAUCUGCAGGUCCAGGCGUCGUGGUGGUGGCGCUGGUGGUGGUGGUGUACCUCAUCUUGUUGAUCCGGCCGGCUGCGUCAUUUCGCGUCAACGUCGGCGUGGGUAUCGGCGGCGGCAUCGGCAUCGGCAACCAGAAUCAGAACCAGGACCAGAACCAGAACCAGAAUCAGAAGCCGUACUAUGAUGAUAGCAAUAACAACAACAAUUACGAUGAGGGCGAGGGGGAGGGCGGCGAUGAUCAGGAGGAGGGUCCGGAGGCGGCGGCGCCGGUGGGGCCGGGGCAGUCGUUCACCGGCGGGCGCGGGACGUACAAGUACAUGGCGCACGAGUUCCUGGAUGCUCACAACAAGGUGCGCGCCCAGUACGGGCUGCAGCCGCUGAAGUGGAGCAACAAGCUGGCCAGGUACGCGCGGCGGUGGUCGGCGGCGAGGCGGUUCGACUGCGUGAUGAUGCACUCGCCGGAGUCGCCGUACGGGGAGAACGUGUUCUGGGGGACCGGGUGGGGCUGGCGCGCCACGGACGCCGUCAAGAGCUGGGCCGGCGAGUCCUCCGUCUACGACUGGCGCGGGCAGAGCUGCAACCCGGGGCAGAUGUGCGGCCACUUCACCCAGAUCGUCUGGAACGACACCAAGCUCGUCGGCUGCGGCCGCUCCGAGUGCGUCGCCGGCGGCGUCUUCAUCACCUGCUCCUACGACCCGCCGGGCAACUGGAAGGGAGAGGUGCCGCUAACCUAACCCAUUCCAUUCCAUUCCUCCACCCACACGCGUUCCUGCACACUAGCUAGCUACCUGUCAUUUCUUCAUUUCUUUCUAGCUAGUGCCAGAUCGAUUUACUUUUAAUUUCCUUCUGGAGUAGCAUAUAUAUACGUAUUUCAGUUUUUUUUCUUUUGCAUAUAUAUGUUUCUUAAUUUGUUAAAAACAAUAUUGAGUUUGAAUUUUAUUUAUUUAUUUAUUUAUUUAUUUAUUUAUUUAUA